AGAAGCCAAGAGUAGCUGCGGAAUGAUGGCUGAUGAAGAGGAAGAAGCUAAGCUCAUCUUGCAGAAAUUGCAGGAACUGGUGGAUGAGCUCUAUUCAUUUCGAGACUGCUAUUUUGAGACACAUAGUGUUGAGGAUGCUGGGCGGAAGCAGCAGGAUGUACGGGAGGAGAUGGAGAAGACGCUGCAGCAGAUGGAGGAAGUAAUGGGUUCCGUCCAGGGCAAGGCACAAAUUCUAAUGCUAACAGGAAAGGCACUGAAUGUGACUCCUGAGUACAGCCCAAAGGCAGAGGAGCUUCUGUCAAAGGCUGUGAAGCUGGAGCCUGAGCUGGUGGAAGCUUGGAACCAGCUGGGUGAGGUCUACUGGAAGAAAGGGGAUGUUGCAGCUGCCCACACCUGCUUCUCAGGAGCCCUCACCCAUUGCAAGAACAAAGUGUCCCUACAAAACCUGUCAAUGGUGCUUCGCCAGCUGCGGACCGACAGUGGAGAUGAACAUUCUCACCAUGUCAUGGACAGUGUCCGGCAAGCUAAGCUAGCUGUGCAGAUGGAUGUCCUUGAUGGCCGCUCCUGGUAUAUCCUGGGGAAUGCGUACCUUUCUCUUUACUUCAAUACUGGCCAGAACCCUAAGAUCUCCCAGCAAGCCCUCAGUGCCUAUGCCCGAGCAGAGAAGGUCGACAGGAAAGCUUCCAGCAAUCCCGACCUUCAUCUGAACAGGGCAACGCUACAUAAAUAUGAAGAGAGUUAUGGCGAGGCCCUAGAGGGGUUCUCUCGGGCGGCAACACUGGACCCUGCCUGGCCGGAGCCCCAGCAACGGGAGCAGCAACUCUUGGAAUUCCUCAGUAAAUUAACCAGCCUGUUGGAGAGCAAGGGAAAAAUGAAGGCCAAAAAACUGCAGAGCAUGCUAGGAGGCCUGCGUCCAGCCCACCUGGGCCCAUGUGGCGACGGGCGCUAUCAGUCAGCCUCAGGGCAGAAGGUGACCCUGCAGCUCAAGCCCCUGAGCGCACUGCAGCCUGGUGUGAACAGUGGUGCUGUGGUCCUGGGGAAGGUGGUGUUUAGCCUAACCACGGAAGAGAAAGUCCCCUUUACCUUUGGUUUGGUAGAUUCGGAUGGACCUUGCUAUGCAGUCAUGGUAUAUAAUAUAGUCCAGAGCUGGGGAGUUCUCAUUGGGGACUCUGUCGCCAUCCCUGAGCCUAACCUUCGGGUUCACCAAAUUCAGCACAAGGGAAAGGAGUAUUCCUUUUCCAGCGUUCGUGUGGAGACGCCCCUCCUGCUCGUGGUGAAUGGAAAGCCUCAGGGCUCCGGUAGCCAGGCUGCUGCCACAGUGGCAUCGCGACCGCAGUGUGAAUGAUGUCUCCUGACUUGCUUGCUAUAGAGGGAGCAGUGGCGUGGAGAAGAGCUCAAGGCACUUGGCAACUGGAUUAGCCACAUUCAGUGACUCCACUGGGAGUGGCGGAGGGUGCUUUACACAGAGACUUUCCCGUCCUGUCAUGGAAGAUCCUCUUAACUCUUUCCUGUCGUGUUCCAGAUCCUCUAGGGCCACACACUUCCCUGGUGUAGCUCCCCUGCCUCUUUGAAGGCUGGCUGUUUUAAGCAGGGUGUAGCAUUUGUGGGAGUGUUGGGAUCUUGACAUGGGAAAAAAAUCCCCAGAAUUCCUGUUCUGGCCUCCUUCCUGAGUCUAAUAUGUAUAUAUCAGUUCAGUAUUUAUUGCUAAAGGAAGGGGGCUUAACUUUUUAAUGGCUUGAUUUUUGAGCAAUUUUUAUUUUUAUUUUAAAGAUU